UAAAAUUCAUUCCUAAAGUUUUUGAGAACACGUUCCCUUCGCCUUGUGCUUCUUGAUAAAAAUUGUAUUUUUUAAUAUAUAUAACAGAAGGUUGCCCUGAAGCGUCAGCAGGCGGUGGAGGAUGCGAUUGCACUGCGUCUGGUGGCCAACAAGACGGGACGCAAGAUCGAUACUUUGCCGCCGGGCAGCAUCUUUGGCCUAACAGUUACUAAGCCCAAGGAGCAGCAGAUGCACCAGGAGGAGGCAAAGAGUCCACAACCAGUGGAUGACGAAACGAACGAGGAGCAGCCGCUUCAAGAGCAGCCAGAAAAGGAAACCGAAGUAAUUGCCGUCGCUCAAGAUCUGAGUGCUCCACGCCGUGAGAUUGUCUCGCAGACAGCCAUCGAUAUGCUCUCGCAGCUGUUUCCGCAGCGCAAGCGAUCUGUGUUGGAAUUGGUGCUGAAACGCUGCGAUCUGGAUUUGAUACGCGCCAUCGAGAACGUUUCGCCACCGGCUGAGCAGACGACCAGCAGUGAGUUGCUGCUGCCCCCGCCUCCGCCGCCGCCUCCGUUGCCACAAACCCUGCAGCUGGCGAUGCCACAACGCAGCAGCGCCUUUCGACCCGUCAUUGCCGAGCAGUACCCAGAGAAGUCAUCGGCUGCAGCAGCUGCGAUUUGCGCCUAUCCCAAGUGGUUUGUACCGCUCUCGUUUCCAGUUACCAUGGGUCACCUCUCGAAUCUGGCGCCUCGCUGCACGCUGCCCAAUUGCAAUUGUUUGGAGAGCUAUCAGUUCCACUAAUGAAGUCAGGUCAAAGGUUCUUUGCUCAUAUAAAAUAAAUUUAUUUAAACUAAA